AUGGAGAAUGUCCAACUUCAGAUACUGUCAGAUAUCCACCUAGAGUCGCCGGCUGCCUACGACGUGUUCAAGAUUGACCCAAAGGCACCAUUUUUGGCACUGCUUGGUGACAUUGGUUACGUCAAAGAUGAGGGCUUCUUUCUCUUUCUCCGCACGCAAUUAGAAAAUUUCCGGCUCGUCUUCUUGGUUUUAGGCAACCAUGAAGCCUAUCAUAGUAGCUGGACCGAGACAAAAUCCGAUAUACAACGUUUCAAAGGUGAUAUUGAUGCCUCUGCAGAAAGAAAUGAAGGGCUUGGAAAGCUUAUCCUACUCGAUCGAACGCGCUAUGACAUCUCACCGACAGUGACCAUUCUCGGCUGUACUCUAUUCUCAUCUGUCGCUCCAGAACAAAAGGAAAGCGUUAGUUUUGGUAUAAACGACUUUUAUCACAUUCACGAUUGGUCGGUAGAAACACACCAGGCUGAACACAAUGCGGACGUUGCAUGGUUAAAUCGAGAGAUUGUGUCGAUUUCCGGCCACGAACCCGAGCGCAGAGUCGUUGUUUUGACCCAUUUUUGUCCCUCAACCCACGAAAAUGUUAUAGAUCCCAAGCAUCGCAACAGUAAAAUCUCCUCGGGAUUUAUGACCGAUUUAUCAAACGAGCCAUGCUGGAAGGAGAAAGUCGUUGCUCUCUGGGGGUUUGGGCACACCCAUCUCAAUUGUGACUACCAGGAUCCAGCAACUGGCAAGAGAGUAGUAUCGAAUCAAAGAGGGUAUUAUUUCUCCCAGUCACCUGGUUUCGAUAGUGUGAAAGUUAUCGACGUUUGA